UUCAUAUCGGCAUUCAUCCCUCUCUUUCAUUUGACCUACGCACCUGCUCACGGGACAUAAUCAAAUACCUCCUCUUUCCUCUUCCUAGCAACGCCGAAGUCUUCCGUCUGGUAUAUAGGCCAUACCCUCCAGACUCUCGCUCUUAUUUCUACCGGAAUCUUCACCUUUUUUGAAGUCUUGAACGAAUAUGUUGUCGUCAACCCGUGGUCUGCUCUUCAACGCUGCCCGUCAAAGUACUAGGAUGUCAGAGGCUAGCAUCAUCCAGGGCCGUCGUGGCUACGCCCAACAAGCCGUAGCGACCAAGAUCAAGGUCAAGAACCCCGUCGUCGAGUUGGACGGGGACGAGAUGACGAGGAUCAUCUGGAAGAAGAUCAGGGAGGAGCUCAUCUUGCCCAACUUGGAUAUCGACCUCAAGUACUACGAUCUGGGCAUGGAGAACCGGGAUGCCACCGACGACCAAGUCACCGUCGACUCGGCCGAGGCCAUCAAGAAGUACAACGUCGGUGUCAAGUGCGCUACUAUCACCCCUGACGAGGCUCGAGUAGAAGAAUUCAAGUUGAAGCAAAUGUGGAGGAGCCCGAACGGUACCAUCCGAAACAUCCUCAACGGGACCGUCUUCCGUGAACCGAUCAUCAUCGAGCGGAUACCGAAACCUAUCCCCGGAUGGAUCAAGCCUAUCGUCAUCGGACGUCACGCGUUCGGCGAUCAGUACAAAUCCACCGACUUUAUCGCCCCCGGGCCGGGAAAGCUGGAAUUGACCUAUACCCCUGCUGAUGGCGGCGACAAGGUCGUCAUGAACGUCUACGAUUUCAAGGGACCCGGUGUCGCCUUGUCCAUGUACAACACUGACGAGUCGAUCCGAGGGUUCGCGCAUUCGUCCUUCAAGAUGGCCAUCUCUAAGAAGAUGCCCCUUUACAUGUCGACCAAGAACACCAUUUUGAAGAAGUACGACGGUCGAUUCAAGGACAUCUUCGAGGAGAUCUACCAGGCGGAAUACGCUGCCGAGUUCAAGAAGCUCGGUCUGUGGUACGAACACCGAUUGAUCGACGACAUGGUCGCUCAGGCCAUCAAAUCUUCCGGUGGAUUCGUCUGGGCCUGCAAGAACUACGACGGUGACGUCCAGAGUGACAUUCUCGCCCAGGGAUUCGGCAGUCUCGGUAUGAUGACCUCUGAAUUGAUCACUCCUGACGGUUCUACUAUGGAAUCCGAAGCCGCUCACGGUACCGUCACUCGACACUACCGAGAGUUCCAGAAGGGCAACGAGACCUCGACCAACCCGGUCGCUUCGAUCUUUGCCUGGACCCGAGGUCUCGCCUUCCGAGCCAAGCUGGACAACACCCCCGAAUUGGCCAAGUUCGCCACCAAGCUCGAAGAGAGCUGUACCGAGACCAUCGAUGUCGACGGAAUCAUGACCAAGGAUCUCGCCCUGGCUAUGUACGGCUCCAAGAUGACCCGUGAACACUGGGUCACUACCGAUGUCUACAUGAAGGCCGUCGAGGCCAAGCUCAAGUCCAAGAUGGCCGAGGCUUAGAGGGAUAAGGGAGCGACGAACUUGUAUGGCCCAAAAAGGAGACGCGAUGCUUGAUGCACAAUACUAUCAUUACUGCCCUCUACAAGAUGUCCAAGUGUACAACGGAAGCGCGAUAAAGAAUUCUUCAGGCGAUGU